CCAAGCUGGAUCAAAUCUUUCCAGCCAUGAAAGUAACUAAUCUGUUGUGUUUGUGUAGGACUGGUAGGGCACCAUCCCAUCUGCAGCGCACACCAACUGUUCGAAGAAAGUCCCAUUAGAGUCCCGCCGAACAGAAACCCGAUCUGAAAAGCUGAAACCAUGAUUCCGAAGCCGAUUCGCCCCUUGGUGACCACCGCCGCUUUCGUUUUCGGCGGAUUGGUGGCUGUUAACGUGACUUCCACCCUCGCCGUCAACGCUCUCCGCCACGCCGCCGAACUCAAACGGAAAAAAGUUGCUUUGCCAUGUGGGGUUUGCCGAGGGAAAGGGUUCUACAUCUGCAAACUGUGCAAUGGAAAUGCGACCCUAGAAUGGUCGCAACUGUUCGACCCAGUCGCCAUGAACCCUUGCCUCUGCCCUACCUGCGACGGCAAUAGGAGUCCAGCGAUGUUUGAACUGUCUUGGAAACGGCUACAGUUAAUUUGCCACCACUCUGCCAGAAGGUUAGGAACAGCAGACUGAGACUGCCAUGUUGGCCUAGGGCCAGAAGUGGGUUUCUGUGGCUUUGAAUUGGGUAGUACAUGUGUUGGUGAGAAGGGCUAAUGAGAAGUGGGUUUCUGUGGCUUUGAAUUGGGUAAUAGUGGGAAGUGGGAUUUGAUUAGCAAGAUCUAAUCAAUUAUCAAUGAUUCCAUGUUGUUAAUACAACAAACUUAGAGCUGCUCCAAAUCAACCAACCAUCAUACCAUUAUUGAUUUGGGGGUCCUGCUGGAAACCUCAAUUAUUUGUAUUUAUUCGAUCAUGUGAGUUAUUAUUGGCAAAAGUUGCAUGGCAAUG